CUUCAUGACAGAAUGUUACAAUGAGGUGAAAUGAAUAGAUUGACAGAAUGACAGGCAGUCUACUCAUAGAAUGAUGACCCAUGUGUGUUUGGUGUUAUCUUGGCUGUGCCUACAGUAGCAGCUUAGGUAUUGGUGUAUUGGCGCUAGUGUUUUGGUGAGUCAGUGAAAUUGUUUGUGAUACUGAACAUGUGGGCUAUACUGUCUCUGCAAGAAGGCUUUGGUAGUGAAAGAAGUACUCAACUUUAGAAAAAAUACUAAAUUAAUUGAAAUGAGGAAAUAUUUAGUCAAUUCAAUUGAACAUUAGUUGUAUGUUUUGUAUGAAUCAUUGCAUUAUUAGGCUUAAAGCUAGAAUCUGCAGUUAAUAAAAUAACAAAACAGAAACCCCACCUUUGUUUUGGUAAAAAACUGAGGGACGGGGCUGGAGAAAUGUAACCACUCUCAAAUUCAAAGACAGAGCUGUGGAUGCAAAGACUGACCAUCUAUGGUAUUAAAACGACAGUUUUAACCAUGUUUUAAUGCUAUACAGUGUGUGUUUACGUUGUUGACAAACAUUGGAGUAAAACAAGCUUGUAUUUUGGGUUCUGAUGGGUUACAACAGUUGAACUAAGCUCAUGAAGCAUUUAUAAGUGUUUGUAAGUUCUAAAAUGGAUGUAGCAACGAAAGACUCUUGCUUCAAUAGGUAUUACAGUUUGAAUGGUGUCACCAUGUUUCCCUACCAUCAAGCAUUAUGUGCAGUUCAGAUAUAAUAACACAUUCAUCUCCAUAUCUGACAUGGUAGUAAGUAGAUUCCAUGAACAGUGUCUCUUAUACAGAAGGACGUAUAAUGAAAUAAGGGACCUAGAGAGGAUGUGUUAUUUCAGUUGUGAUUCAUCUCUCUUCUCACAGCCGCUGUAGCGUGCAGACUGCCCUCAGUCUGGCCAGAGACUGGGAUUGACUAUACUGAACAUAGACCUUCCAUAAUAGUCUUAUGUAUUAGUGUAAAUGGCUAGAGGUCAUUGGUAGUGGCUAUGUCAAAGCUACUUACUGUAUAUGGGAGCGUUUCCUGACAUAAUUCAAUUCAAAUUGGGACUUGAUUUUGCCAUAAUCAACUUCACAGUCAAAUAGUUGGAUGGUCAAACUCCUGGAUUUAGCCACAUGGCUUCAUUGUUUUGAACUGAUUCUCCUGCCAACAAAUACCAUUGAUAUAGAUAUAUGAUCACAGUGUACACUGAUAUUAUAUGAUGCUCAUAUAUUAUUGUCCAAAUGUGUAGCAGAACCCCACACCAGUCUGAUUGAAUGGCCCCCUCUGUGGCAGCCAUGACCCCAGAGCAGCUCCUGGGCCCGCAGGUAUGCAGUCCUGUAGGGGAAAGGAAGGUCUUGCCUGAGGAGGAACGAGGGGAGGAGUCUGACCCCUGUCCUCAGGAAGUGAUGGACUGCUAUGGCCACUCCCCCUCAAUGACUCACAGCCCCAGCACCGACAGUCUUAGCAGUGAGGAGCCCUUCUGUCGUAUCUGCCACGAGGGAGGGGGUGUCGGGGAGCUGCUCUCCCCCUGUGAGUGUGCAGGGACGCUGGCCAUGGUCCACCGAGGCUGCCUGGAACACUGGCUCACUGCCUCCAACAGCAGCCGCUGUGAACUCUGCCACCACCAGUACGCCCUGGAGAGACUGCCCAAGCCACUCACUGAGUGGCUGGGCUCACCAGCCAUGCAGCACCAGAGACGGACGCUCUGCGGUGACGUCAUCUGCUUCCUGUUCAUCACGCCGCUGGCUAGCCUAUCAGGAUGGCUGUGUGUGCAGGGUGCCAUGGACCUGUAUUUCAGUAACAGUAUGGAGGCUGUUGGACUCAUGGUGCUCACUCUGGCUCUCUUCACCAUCUACUGCUUCUGGACUGUGGUGUCGCUGCGCUACCACAUCCACCUGUUCAGGACGUGGAAACAGACAGACCAGAGAGUUAGGCUACAGAUCCCCCGACCAGCACGAACCAUGCACACACACCACACACUGAACCUCAGCUUCCUUAGCAAGGACACCAGAAAGGAGACUGUGGUGUAGAUGGAGUGGAACUGGGUGUAGUGUCCACAAUACUUUGGCAAGAAGACUGUGAUGAAGCCAGAAUGGGACGGGGUCGAGUGUCACAUUUCUAGUGUCACAUUUAACAGGUCCCCAGUGUCCGGUCUAGAGGGUGAAGUCACAAGCUCUGCUGGUUGGCUACUGCAUAGCAACCUAGUGGUGCCAAAAGCCCUGGUCUGCCCUAAAAAGCCUAUGUCAACCAUCGCCAGAACGGCCAAACAUAUAUAUUUUUACGCUCGUUUUGGAAUGUGUUUAUUAUGAUCAAGUUCAAACCCGAUAGUGAAUUAUUUAAAAGUUCGCUACAAAUCGAGAAAUUAUAUUAAAUAGUGAUCCAUUCUGACUGCUACAUUUGUCAUCACACAGGAUCAGGUGCUGACUCAGACCAAUCAGGGACCAUAAAGCUACGAGCAGGCUCUCUCAGGCAGGAUGAAAACGACUACAUCAACCAUGAUCCUUCGCUAGUUACUGCCACUUUCACCAUGAUCCUUAGUGAUUCUUUGGCGCCAUUCAACAAUAUGGUCCGCUUCAGAUUCAAAUAAUUCCAUGCGCCAUCGGGAGCUUUCAUAGGAACACGUGGAUGACGUCAGCGCUAUCACCAUCUACUGGUUUUAAUGUCUAUGGUUUCCUGGGCAAGGAUACUUUGGUGUAGCUGGAGUGGGACUGGUCCCAGUAUCCACUGUACGCUCAGUAAGGAGACAAUGACAUGAGCAAAGGAGACUGUGGUGUAGCUGGAUUGAAACCAGGCCAGAUCUCACUAAGGAUACAGUGGUGUUGCUGUAAUGGGACUGGGCCCAGUCCUCAUGCUGCUUCAACAAGGAUACAAGGUUCAUUUCUAUUAGAAUAAGGUCCCGUCUCUACACUUUUUUAACAAAGACUUGGAUCAAGGAGACAGCAAUGAAAAUGUUCUACCAGGGAACCUUCAGAGGACCAAACCUUCCUCUGCGGAGAAUACUUUUUAUAUAUUUAUAGACACCAGCCUUUGAGACUUACUCAGUUGAACAUAACUAUUUCCUAAAGACUGUUUUGUAAAAGAGUGAUGAGAUUAAUGAUGUCCCACUCCCAGUUGAUGUUGGGCCCAGAGUUUUUUCCAACCCUGUUCCCAGACUAUGAAAAAAAAAAAAAAAAACUCUUGGACUCUUGUUUAGAAUGAUUAGUUAUCGUUCACUAAACACACUUUGUUACACAUGCAAAUAACCACCUUAGACCUGCAAACAUCUUUAAAGGACAUUUCACUCAAAAGGUUUGGUAGAUAUUUGUAGCUAUAUUCCUCAAUGAUGAACACUGUCUAAUUUCCUGGUUUCCUGCUUCUAAACAACCUGUUGUGGAUGUGGCUACGUUUUCACAUCACACUACUUUGAGGUUUGAAAACGUCUGACAAAACUUUGACUUGAAAGUGUAAUGUCCCUUUAAGUGACAUUUGAAAACAAUCUUUCCUGAGGACCACAAAGUCAGAAAUGUUGCUUUUUGACGAUCUGUGGUGUUUAUACAAAUCUUUAGUUCCACUUUAUACUAAGUUUGUCACUACAAACACUGUGG